AUGAAUCGACUGUACAAAGAGUACUGCAAAAUUGAACUGGAGAGAAAUCCAAGAAAGGUAAAACCAAUCCCAGCAAUAAACAGGUGCUCUGCAGAAAUCACCGACACUCUUUUCAGCGAAACAUUCAGUAACGAGCCCCGUGCAGAAUGCUGGCUCAGGGACAAUUCCAGAAAUAAGAAUCCCAACCGUUUUGAUGUUUGCGAUGUAAUUGCCAGAAUUGGAAAUCUCGCUGUCAUGAAAUGGGCACGCCUACACGGAUUCCCUUGGAAUGCUCGGACAUGCCAAGCAGCCGCUGAAAAUGGACAUUUGGAAAUGCUCCAAUGGUUACGAGCGAAUGGUUGUCGAUGGAAUGAAUGGACAUGUGAAUAUGCUGCUCAAAAUGGUCAUUUGGAAAUUUUGAAGUGGGCUCGCAAAAACGGUUGCCCAUGGGGGGCAGAGACUUGUGCGCAAGCUGCGCUGGGUGGACAUUUGGAAAUAUUAAAGUGGGUUCGUGAAAAUGGUUGUCCAUGGGAUGAACGGACAUGUGAAAGAGCUGCUGCAAGAGGUCAUUUGGAAAUUCUCAAAUAUGCCCGUGAACUUGGCUGUCCGUGGAAUGCAGCGACAAGCUGUAGUGCUGCUAAUUUUGGCCACUUGGAAGUUUUGAAGUGGGCUCGUGAAAAUGGGUGUCCAUGGAUUGAAUUGACAUGUGCUCUUGCUGCUCAUGGUGGCCACUUGGAAGUUUUGAAGUGGGCUCGUGAAAAUGGUUGUCCAUGGAAUGAACGGACAUGUGCUCGUGCUGCUCAUGGUGGCCACUUGGAAGUUUUGAAGUGGGCUCGUGAAAAUGGUUGUCCAUGGAAUACUCUUACAUGCAGGUAUGCUGCUGAGCAGGGUCAUUUGGAAAUUCUAAAGUGGGCUCGUGGAAACGGUUGUCCAUAGGAUGAAGGGACAUAUAAAAUUGCCCGGAUGUCCGAAGUGAAUGGCUGCCCUGGGUCUCAUGAAGAAAGACACUAACAUCAUUUACGGUAAGGUUAGAAAUUGAAUCAAGAGGAGACAACAUAUAGAUAUUGUUUGUUUCUCUUCUUCCCUAUCGCUUGCGAAUCAAUCAAAUCCAUUCCAAACUAGCACAGAGCCCAGUGAAGAAAAGAACGACCCACGGCGACUGAAACACCGGUAUCCAUUCGUUUGCUCGGAUCAGAAUGGUUCCCACUUUUUGUCCAUUAUCUAAGUCUCAUUGUCCCAUCCCAAGUCCUUCCACACAUUCAAUGCUUCCACAGUGGCAUAGUUAGCCUCCAGCUGAGAUUAUUGUACUUCACAUUCUGAACCCAGAGCCUCGUUACAGUGGCAGUGAUUUAUCAGCCUGCAUCAUUUUGGUUUGUGGGUCAUCCUCAGGCCCUGCACUUUGCCCCCAAGACUGGUCUCUCAUUUGUAUUAUUCACAG